AUGGCUACCAACAAACCCCAAUCUGUUGUAGGCUCUCCCCAGGAACACAUUCCAACUUGUGACAAACAUACCAAACGUAUUGAUAUGUUCUGUGAAGAUUGUGAUGAAUCCAUUUGUUCCAAGUGUGCAAAAUCAAAGCAUAAGGAUCACAACUGGGAAACUCUAGCUAAUGCGGCUAGUCAGAGAAGGAGGGGUCUUCUAACAUAUCUAGCGGACAUAAAGGAGCAUGAGAUACCGGAGUUUGAGGAGAAAAGUGAGGAAAUAUUUACACAGAAAAGGGAUGAUGAAAAUCAUUUUAAUUAUGAUGUUGGAAUUUUGCAUAAACAUUUUGAUGAAGUGAUAAACAGACUUACAAAAAUCAAGAAUAGCAAUGAAGAAAUACUGAAAGCCAACAUGCGUAAAACAAAGGAACAAUUUAAGAGUGUAGAGCCUCGAUUAGCCAAGAAUGCCCAGCUUGUUGACAUCUUAGAACAUAUUGAGAAAAGCAGUGGAACCAUGUCCGAUUACAAUCUUGUGGAAAACUAUAAAACGUUCGAACAACUACGCUCUGACAUAGAAGACAUUAAAUUUCCUUCGCCAUACGAUGGAGAAAAAAUCUUUGAUAUGUUACAGGAAACUUUUUCAAUUGACGUUUUUGCUGAUGAAGUAGGAUUGUUUCAAUACGGAGAUCAACCCAUACGUAUACUGGAGGAUUGUGGUGAUAAUGUUAGUUAUAUCCAGUCCCAUACAUCAGAGUACGUGAAUCAAAUUAGCAUACGAGGGACCGAGAAAAGAAAGUUCACGAUAAAUCCCUUUGAUGUCUGUGUUUGUAAGGAUGGUAAAGUGUUUUUUACUGAUAAUGAGCAUAAAACCAUUUGUCAACUCUUACCUUCAGGAUCAGUUUCUGUUAUCGCAAAUACAGGCCUUCUACCAUUAGGAAUCUGUCAGUCUCUUGAUGGUGGUUUGUUAGUAUCCUUAAUGGCAGGAUUAGAAAUCCCCGUGUAUUCUGAAUUCGGUUAUCCUUCUCCAUGUAUUGUAAAACACCUGACUUUAACAGGUGAUAUAAUACGUCGGUAUGCAUAUACGGAAGAGGGGUUUCAAUUAUUUUAUCCAGCACGCCUCACCCAGAAUGGUAACUCUGACAUAGUGAUAGUUAACUGGGCAUUUCCUAGAGGUAUUCUGGUCGUAAUGUCUUCUUCUGGUCAGGUUAAGUUUGUGUAUCGCGGACGCAACUUGACAGACGACAACCCUGACUACCACCCGAUGGAGAAUUUUGAUCCGUAUGACGUGGCAUGUGACUCCUAUUGUAACAUCCUUAUUACCGACGCAAAAAGUCAUCGGAUCCAUUUACUGAGUCCUUCUGGGAAAUUUUUGAAGUUUUUGCUGACAGAGAGAGAAGUGAAAUUUCCAACCUCACUAUCCCUGUACAAAUCCAAAUUGUGGGUGGGAAAUACAAGAGGACUUGUGAAAGUUUUUAGAUGUAAACAUAUGUUUAAUCUUCACGUUUAA